AUUUGGAACCAAUUGCACUGCACCUGCUUUCGGCGGCGCGGUUAGUGGUGGCGCCGAGGAGAGUGGCUGCCGCCAUGAUCGAGCAGCAAAAGCGCAAGGGCCCGGAGCUACCCCUCGUUCCCUCCAAGCGGCCGCGACAUGAGUUGCUGUUGGGAGCGGCAGGGUCCGGGCCCGGAGCCGGACAGCAGCAGGCGACUCCGGGGGCAUUGCUGCAGGCGGGACCGCCAAGGUGCUCUUCCCUUCAAGCCCCAAUCAUGCUGCUCUCGGGACACGAAGGGGAAGUGUACUGCUGCAAGUUUCACCCCAACGGAUCCACCCUGGCUUCUGCAGGAUUUGACCGGCUCAUACUAUUGUGGAAUGUCUAUGGAGACUGUGACAACUAUGCUACACUGAAGGGACACAGUGGAGCGGUGAUGGAGCUGCAUUAUAACACAGACGGCAGCAUGCUCUUCUCAGCAUCGACAGAUAAAACUGUGGCAGUGUGGGAUAGUGAAACAGGAGAGAGAGUGAAGAGGCUAAAGGGGCAUACUUCCUUUGUGAACUCCUGUUAUCCAGCCAGGCGGGGCCCCCAACUUGUCUGCACUGGCAGUGACGAUGGAACAGUUAAGCUUUGGGACAUCCGGAAGAAAGCAGCUAUCCAGACAUUUCAGAACACAUACCAGGUGUUAGCGGUGACCUUCAAUGACACAAGCGAUCAGAUUAUCUCUGGUGGAAUAGACAAUGAUAUCAAGGUCUGGGACCUACGCCAGAACAAGUUAACCUACACCAUGAGAGGCCAUGCAGACUCCGUAACUGGCUUGAGCUUGAGUUCUGAAGGAUCUUAUCUCCUGUCCAAUGCAAUGGACAACACCGUGCGUGUCUGGGAUGUCCGGCCAUUUGCUCCCAAAGAGAGAUGUGUGAAGAUAUUUCAAGGAAAUGUCCACAACUUUGAAAAGAACCUCCUGAGAUGUUCCUGGUCACCAGACGGAAGCAAGAUAGCAGCUGGCUCAGCAGACAGGUUUGUGUAUGUGUGGGACACCACGAGCCGAAGGAUCCUGUAUAAGCUGCCUGGUCACGCUGGCUCCAUCAAUGAGGUAGCCUUCCACCCAGACGAGCCUAUCAUCCUCUCAGCAUCCAGUGACAAGAGGCUGUACAUGGGCGAGAUCCAGUGAAGAUGUGGAAUGGAAGGCUCCCGGCUCUGUGACCUGAGGCUCAGACUCCAUAAUUAGCCAGAGUCCGAUGGUGUCUGAGCUGACCUGCCCUCAGAUGAUCACUGCUAGCAAGCAGCUGGAGGUGAUGGCCAUAUUCCAACAACCACUUGUACCCCAUUCACCAGAACAACUAUGGCCUCUGGUACCGACUGCCAGAUUUCAGGGAUUGGUUUCUUCUCUUUAAAAAAUAAGAUUCCUUCAGAAGGACAAACAUUGGUUUGAUAUUUCCUGUUUUUUAAUCUAGACUGGAGACAGGGAAUGUCAAUUGAAAUUUGUUAGUUGGAUUUGUUUUCUGCUUUAUUUUUAAAUUGAGUAAGUGGCUUGUAUAUUUCUUUCAGUGUUUGAGUCAUUUUGUAUUAAAAAUCCAAACAGAUACCUUUUUGCAAGAA